GUCGAUGCAGGUGGUAUAUUCUGUGUCGUUGCCUUAGCUGGUCUCACGGGACGUGUAACAUAAUGCAUUGCUGGUGUUUCUGUGUUUCCUCCUCUAUGUAUACUCGCGGUUGCGGCAACAGCUGCAUAAUUCGGAAUGGGUUUAAAGGUGCACACUUCUUCAUUCAGCAUCCUUGUCUCGCUCUUCCUCUCCCUUCUGUCCAGCUCUAUCUGGCAGCGUUCAAACUGUUUCAUCCUCUUCUCCAUUCUUUCCUGCUGGUUGUACACCCGGUGGAGCAUCGCAUCGGUGCUGAUCGUCUUCUCUCCCGACAUCAUCACCGUUAGCUCGUGUGCUAGAGCCUGCGCUCAUUCUCUGAGUCUCCCUUCGCCUGCUGUUGCUCCACUCUUGGUGUACUCCUGCAUGGCCGUGAUGGUAUCCUCCAUCAGUUCUUGUAGCUUUGCUUCGUUUUCCCUAAUGUUCAUGCUCGACAUGUGGUCACUCCAGUUCCCCACCGGAGUCCCGAAGAAGUCAUCAUCGUCCCCUUCCCAAUUCCUUUUGGAUCCUGUGGAGGAGUUCGAGUGCGCUGGCGAUGUGCUUCGAGAGGGUACUGCUCUCGGGUGGUCUCUGUCGUUCGGCAGGGCCAUUUUCUUUUUGACGUGACCUUGUCUUGCUCUAGGUGUCUCGUUCAUGGGCUGUGCGAUGCGAUCUUUGCUUUUCGUAGGUGUAGUUUGUAUAUCUUUUGUUAUGGUACCGCCUACGCUAGUUUCUACACCCUCCAUCGUUGCAAAUUUACCCGUGGGAAAAUUAGCCAGAUGGUGGUUUCGGAUCAAGGAGCGGUG